AUGGAAGCAAAACAAGAGGAAAUAUCAUCAUAUCUUCCAACUCCUGCGGACGCAGAUUACUUCAAAUUUCCUUUCGUUCCAUAUGACAUACAAUAUGAAUUUAUGCGCAAUUUAUACGAGGCCAUAGAGCACAGGAAUAUCGCUAUAUUAGAAAGUCCUACUGGCACGGGCAAAUCAUUAAGUUUGAUUUGUGGAGCAUUAAAAUGGAUUGAAGACAAUGCGUCAAGGCACGAGAAUAUUGUCGAAACCCAAAUAUCUGUAAACGAUGAUGAACCAGUGUGGGUGGCACAGUACAGAUUUCAACAAGAGCAGAAGAAAGCAAUAAUGAAGAAACACGAACAAGCUGAAAGGCUCAGGCGUAUUAGAGAGCGUGAAGCUGCUCAACGACAAAAUAAUUCUUACAGAAGUAGGUUCAGCAAGAAAAUGAAAGUCAAACACGAUAGCCACAAAGACAGUAACGGAAUUGAUGAUGACUUGACUGAGUUUAUGGUCGAUUCAUAUCGCAGUGAGGACGAAGCUCACUCUGACGACGGAAAUGGAAUAUCAGACAACAUUAAGGCACUCCUCCAAAAAUUUCGAGAAGGGAAAUGCCUAGAAGAUUUUGAUGACUAUAACAAGUCGCAGGCUGAAGAGGAGGAUGAGGAGCCUGACGAAAUCAAGGCAAGUAUAUUUGAUUACAAUAUUUUAUUACCAUAUUGCCCGUUAAAAAUAACUGAUCUGUUUGUGAAAUUACAGAUCUACUAUGCCUCACGAACGCAUUCGCAAUUAGCUCAAUUUAUAAAUGAGUUACGCAAGACCGGUUACGCCGAAGACAUAAAGUCUGUAUCUCUUGGCUCCAGGAAGACGCUUUGUAUAAACGAGGAUGUUAAAAAACUUAACAGUCUAGCAAAGAUGAAUGAUCGUUGUCUGGAGAUGCAGAAAUCCGGCAAUCGACCAGAAAAAAGAUGCAAACAUCUUUCUUCUGAAAAGGCGCGCAUGUUGGAUUUCCGGGAUCAUGUGAUAGCAGUUGUACGUGACAUUGAAGAUCUCGUAACUAUCGGUAAAAGGCUCGGCACGUGUCCGUAUUAUGGCACAAGGAAGAGUAUUCGACAAGCUCAGCUAGUAACGCUACCAUAUACGCUCCUUCUGCAAAAGGCGUCACGGGAAUCGCUUGGAAUAUCUCUCAAGGACAACAUCGUCGUCAUCGAUGAAGCGCACAACCUCAUAGAUACCAUCACUGCAAUUCACACAGUCGUGAUUGACAUGAUUCAUAUCCAACGAUCGAAAGCACAGCUUACAAAAUAUCUUAACCGAUAUAAGAAAAUGUUAAAGGGCCAGAACGUAAUGUAUAUCCGACAUUUAAUUGACCUAUUAGAAGCAUUAGAAAGAUCGUUAGAAGAGUUUUCUGCAAAAUGGAAGGAUAAAAAAGAUAAGGCUAGUCGGGAAGAGAUAAAAAAUGUAAAUGAAUUUGUACACGCGCUUGGAAUUGAUAAUAUAAAUCUGUAUAAAGUGGAAAAAUAUCUUCGAACGAGCGGCAUUGCACGAAAGUUGAACGGCUUUGUCGACAAGCUGGAAUCGAUGGAAGUGAAGAUUAAUCGAGACGAGAGUGGGGAAGUCGAUCAGUACAAGACAUCUUUACCCUCACUGAACCAAGUUCAAUCAUUUUUAAUGUCACUGACUAAUGACGACAAGGACGGCCGUAUAAUAAUCGGGUUUACAACAACCGUCUGUCCAACUCCGAACGCGUCCAUACAACAGCAGCAAUUUCGGCCGUAUCUAAAAUACUUGCUACUCAAUCCUACCGGUCAAUUCCAAGACAUUGUGCAUGAGGCUAGAAGUGUUAUCUUGGCUGGUGGAACAAUGGAACCAAUGGCGGAUUUCAUCGAACAGCUGUUCCCAUACGUGAAUGUAUCUCGUAUAAAAAAGUUUUCAUGUGGACACAUUAUCCCGAGCGAGAACCUCUUGACUAUGGCUGUACAAAAAGGGCCGUCAGGAGAGUCUUUGGAAAUAACAUUUGAAAAGCGCACGGAUACAAAAUUGAUCGAUGAGCUGGGCCAAAGCCUUGCUAAUCUCUGCAAUGUUAUACCAGGUGGAAUUGUAUGCUUUUUUGCUUCCUAUUCUUACAUGGAUCAAGUAUAUCGCCGAUGGCAACAAAAAGGGAUACUCGAUCGCCUGAAUAAACGUAAAAAGGAGUGUAAUAAGGUUUUCCAAGAACCAAGGCAAUCAGAGCUCGUGGAACAAGUGUUACGAGAAUAUGCAUUGCAUAUAGAAUCUUCUGCGAAUAAUACACCUUCCGCGGGGGCACUCCUUCUCAGCGUCGUAGGCGGGAAAAUGUCAGAAGGAAUAAAUUUCUCUGAUCAGCUAGGAAGAGCUAUCGUAAUGGUUGGGCUUCCAUUCGCCAAUAUGAAAUCUGUCAGUCUUAUGGAGAAGAUGAAAUACAUGGACCAGAAAUCUAAUGGAGCAGGAAUGGGAUAUUAUGAAAAUUUGUGUAUGAGAGCUGUCAACCAGUCGAUAGGCAAGAACUUUACGAAAACAUUAAAUGUGUUGAAUUUAUUCGAUAAACAGUGA